GAAUAACUGAGUUAUCGAGGAAAUGCGGCUGACACAGCUGUGGCAGAACCGCUCGCCCGGCGACCGCCACUUGAGCACAUACUUUUGCUUUGCGGUGGUGCGCCUCCUGCUUGUCUUCGUGCCCCAACUGGGCUACGUGCAUCCGGAUGAGUUUUUCCAGAGCGUGGAGGUGAUGACUGGUGAUCACUUUAGGCUGGAGCACACGCGCACCUGGGAGUUCAACAACUCGCUGCCGGUGAGGUCUAUUGUUCUGCCCUUCGCUCUGCUGCGGAUUCCCUGGAGCUUCUACGAGUUCGUGGCCGAGUGCCUGAAAGCCUGGUGGCAGCUGGAGCUGCUGGGCACCUACACCUAUGUGGUGUUCCCGCGGCUGAUUUACACUCUGAUCUCCUUCAGCAACGACUACUGUUUGUACCGCAUCUGCCGGUUGUAUGGACUCCGCUUCGAAAUCCGCCUCUUGGCCAUGGGUAGCUCCUGGAUUCUGCUCGUCUUCGGCACGCGCACCUUCUCCAACAGCCUGGAAAUGGCCAUGUGCUCCUGGCUGCUCUGCUUGGUAUCCGAAUGCAUGCUGCGCACGAAUACAGUGGUGUACAAAAAGGAGUUCCUCGAAGAGAAGUACGACAAGGCGGAGUCCAUCAGCGAAAGAGUGCGCAUUUGGAAGCUAAAGAACUCCCUGCCGGCGCACAAUCUGCAGCACCUUAUGGCCAUGUCCACCAUUUGCGUGGCUGGAGUGUUUAAUAGACCUACAUUCCUGCUGUUCGGAGCACCCAUGGUCUUCUUUUGGUUGCUGCGCGGCAUGGGAACAAGAAGCAUCACCUUCAGGGACUUUAACCUGCGCAUUGCUCUCUUCUGUGUGUGCUCCCUGCCUGCCCUAGUACUCUUUAUAUUCUGCGACUCGCUGUACUAUCAACACUUGACCCUCGGAGAACUGCACAUGAUGCACUUGAGCAUCGACAACUUUGUCUUCACGCCCUGGAACUUCAUUAAAGCCAACCUGGAUUCGGCACAGACGGCCAGCCACGGAGUCCACCCGUGUUAUGUCCACCUAAUGGUCAACAUGCCAAUGCUGUUUAACGUCCUUGCCUUGGCUUCGUUGGGAGCCUUUGCACAGCUGCUGCUCAGGUUCUUCCGGGCGGAAUACCAGGUGCUGCCGCGCUUCCAGAGCAUCGUGUCAUUGAUGUCGGGGGCCAUAUUUGUGCCCCUAUUCUUUCUCUCCCUAAUCAACCACCAGGAGCCCCGCUUUCUGUUGCCAGUCACAUUUCCCCUCAUUCUGCUACAUGCGCCCAAACUAAUCACCGGAUUUAGUGCCAAGUAUCCCUUCCAAAAGGACCACCCACUCUUACGCUUGUUCUACGACAAACUGCUUUCAAGCAAAGCUUCUGGUCCCUACCUGCUGAAGAUCUGGUACGUAAGCAAUGUGGCGCUGACCCUAUUCUUUGGCUUCAUCCACCAGGCGGGCGUUUAUCCCUUGGCAGCGGACAUUUCGCAUGUGGUUGCCACUAAGCCGGCAGCAACGCACGUUCAUCUUAUAACGUCGCACAUAUACAGCCUGCCCUUACACCUGAUCAACAUUCCCAGCUCGAGGGUACUGCACUUCGACCGCCAGACCCACCAGCGAUACCGCCGCCCAAGAGACUUUUAUAUGUACGAGUACGGAGGCCUACCCUUGGAAUCCCUGCUGCAGAAGGUGAAACUCAUCAGUGGGAGCUGCGAGGUGAAGCAGUCGGGACCAAGUCGGCGGCGCUACAAACUGUAUUUAGCCAUUCCGGCGUCAUUAAGUGCAGAGCUUCACGAGGCUCUCGUGCACUCGAAUGCCACCAGCUACCUUAACUUCGAACUGCUAAAGGUGUUCUAUCCACACCUCUCCACGGAGGCGUUUCCUCGCCUUCAGGGCAGGCAUCCGUGCGAUGUGGAUGCUCCUCAUUGGGCGUACGACGAUCUACGGGGCACUUGCGCAGUAGAGCAGCUACCUGCGUUUAGUUUUGCCUACCUUAAUAAGCAAUUCAGCUCCUUCGUCCAUCAACUAGGACUGGCGCUCUACGAGAUCGACGUGACGCGGAAGAAGCCUCGUUCUGUGUUACUAAAGAAACCCUCGAUAACGAAAACUCCGGCGUAGUGUUCAGUCUUUGGCCAAUCCAA